AUGUUCCAAGAAGCGGAAUUCGACAAACCGAAAAUCGGCACCGUCGAAGAAUUUCAAGGCCAGGAAUUCGAGGUCGUCCUGCUGUCUACUGUGCGAUCCUGCGAGGAACACGUUCCUGCCGAUAUCACGCACAGCCUGGGCUUCGUGGCCAGCCUCAAAAUGCUCAACGUGGCAAUUUCUAGGACCAAAAGCCUGCUGGUGGGGAUAGUCAACCCUAACUGUUUCAAGAUACCUAUACUGGCGUUCUGUGGUCAAAUAUUGUGUCGAAGUUGGGAGUUAUAUUGGCUGUGA